UCCAACUCCGACAUCUGUACGGAUUGGGAGACAUGGCAUUUCCUGUCAGUGUAAAUAGACAGUUGGCUGACAUGGCUACACUACAACCCUCGGUUGCCUUUAAGUAAACAAAAGAAUAUCAAACGCAGCUUUCUCCAUGAAAGAACAGUUCUUCACUGCAGAUGCAAGUGGCGGCGGGUUAACGUGCUGAUGUUAGCAAGCUAACAUGGACCUUGGAUUGAUGCUGUACAACAGUUUGAAAGAUGUAACAUGGAGCACGACGACACUGCCCCUGGAUAGACUUGUUAGUGCCUACAGACUACCACAGAUUGUGAAGUUGGACAGCGGGGAGUUGUUGGAAGGGCUGAGAGAAAACGACUACCUCUUGAUUCAUUCAUGUCGGCAGUGGACCACAAUCACCGCCCAUAGCCUAGAGGAGGGCCAUUAUGUCAUUGGACCGAAGAUCGAGAUUCCGGUCCAUUAUGAGGGUCAGUUUAAGCUGUUGGAGCAGGACAGGGACACUAAAGAGCCCGUGCAUUACUUCAACAACGUGGAAGAGGUGGCCAAAGCAUUCCCUGAACGAGUGUACGUCAUGGAGGAAAUAACCUUCAAUGUCAAGAUGGCAUCAGGAGAGUCCAAUGAGGACACAGAAGUUUACAACAUCACACUCAGCACAGGGGAUGAGCUGACACUCAUGGGUCAGGCUGAGAUCCUCUAUGCCAAAACGUCACGAGAAAAAUCCCGCUUCAACACUAUCUUCAAGCGAAUUGGGAGGUUAAAUUCCAUCAGUAAGCUUGGCCGCGGAAAGAUGCCAUGCCUUAUCUGCAUGAACCACCGCACCAAUGAGAGCAUCAGCCUGCCUUUCCAGUGCCGAGGGCGCUUCAGUACCUGCUCCCCACUAGAGCUGCAAAUGCAGGAAGGAGAACACACCAUUCGCACAAUUGCAGAGAAGACCAGGUUACCUGUGAAUGUCAUGGUGCCUAGCAUCCCACCACGUAAUCCACAUGACCUCCAUUUGAUUCGCGAAGGCCACCGAUAUAAGCUGGUCAACAUUCAGACCAAGACAGUGGUCGUGUGUUGUGCGUUACGUUCAAACAAAAUACUGCCUGUGCAUUUUCCUUUGCACAUGUCCACAGCACUGCCCCGUUUACUGGUACCUGAAGGGCUGCUUCAGGGAGAGGCCUGGCUGGAGACUGUGGUCCACCGCUGGUUUACUUAUUGCCAGGAGCAGUUUGAUAUUGACGACUACUCUAGGGCAGUCCGUGAUGUGCGGGUGGACUGGAUUGAGGAUGGCAAGAGCCCGAAAAAAAGUAGCAUUCUUGAAACAGGAAGUGGCAGUGUGGUCUGCAACAGUAGUGGAAGUGGGAGCAAUGGCUGCCCCUCACAUGUGCAUUUGCCAAGUUCUCUAAGCUCAGCCCGUGAAGAGCUCACACAGUCAUUCCACCGACUGUCUGUCUGUGUUUAUGGCAACAAUCUCCAUGGCAACAGUGAGGUGAACCUUCAGAGUUGUGUUAGCUUAUGUGGAGAUUGUGUGCCGCCAGAGCCAACGGAUGCAGAUUAUCUGUUCCCUGAGCUGCUAGAGAGUUCUUCAGGUUCAUUUAAACCAGAUGUGCCAUAUGAGGAGCUUUGGUUGGACCAUGUGAAGAACCCUGGAUUGGAGCUUGAUCACACUGAGGGUGUCCGAGUAAAUCCUACAGUCUCCAGCUGCAUGAAUGUACUGCCAUAUCCAACAGCAGGUCCCACAAGCACCCUCCUCAGUGCAGAUGUCAUUCUACCUCCACCUCCGGUGCCUCCAAAGUCUGAAGCUGUGAAGGAGGAGUGCCGGCUGUUGAAUGCACCGCCAAUUCCACCAAGAAGCUCCAAACAGGCAGGCUCCAGCAGUGUCACGGUGCCAUACACACCUGCAAAGCCACGUCAGACAGAAACCCGCUCCCCAAGCCCAACACUUUCCUAUUACUCAUCUGGCCUAUGCAACAUAGGUGUAGAGGGUGAGUCUCCGAGUGAGACAGAUGAUCAGAACCAUGCAUGUUACCCAUGUAACUGGAUCAAACCAGAUGCCAGUGAAGUCUCCAAGCCUGUCCUUUGCCUCAGUCCUUCCAUCGAUGCGUCUUUCUCACGGCUUUCCUGGCCAAAUGAUUUCUGUGGGGCUGAUUUGUAUAAAGGUGAGGACUUCUCGUCAGUCCACUGUCGGAGUUACUCGAGCUAUCCUCGGAAGAAGACCCCUGGUACUCCUAAGGUUUGUCCCUCAGGCCUCUUUGACUUUGAUAGGUGUGUGAAUAUUGAAGGGAGCACUGCAAACUCAAAGGUACAACAGGUUUCUCAGCCUGCCCAGUUUUGUACCAAAUCCACCAGCUACACCAUGGAAAUGUACAGAGACAAACCCACAGAGGAAUGUAACACUAAGCAAAGCCAGUCCUGCCCUAUCUUGCCUCCAAGAACCCCCAAAUCUAACGAUAUAAAGAAAGAUGCAGACCCCACUACAACCAUGGCCAAUGUUGAUGCUUUAGUACUGGAGUCCAAAAGCUGCUUGUCUGAAAGACCACAUCAAAGCACUACAGAUGUGUUCUCAAUCUCCUAUCCUGUAGCCACAGGGUUGUCAUGGCAACCACCAAAAAACCUAUCCGGUCUCUCCAUUGAGGAAGUUUCAAAGUCACUACGAUUCAUUGGUUUGUCAGAUGAUGUUGUUUCUUUGUUUGUGCAAGAAAAAAUUGAUGGAAAUUUGCUCCUGCAGCUAACAGAGGAGAUUUUGUCAGAAGACUUUAAGCUAAGCAAACUUCAAGUGAAGAAACUCAUGCAGUUUAUUAAUGGCUGGAGGCCCAAAAUGUAAGGCUGAACAAGCAAGCCAGUCUAGAGCAAAACAUGCAAUGCACUGGAGUGGCAGUCACAAAUAUAGGCCUUCAGUAUUGCAUUUGACUGUUUUGUAUCUAAAUGCUAUGCACAGUCUUGCAAUGUUUUUAAUAGCCUUUGUUUAAUAUAUACAUGUAUAUAAAUGUAUAUAUAUAUAUAUGUGUGUGUGUUGCUUUGUGUAUUAACCUGUACUCAUCUCUAUGUAAUCUCUGUUACAUUAUGGUACUUGCACAAUGGACUUUUUUGCUCAAACCAAAAGCCUUUUAAAAAUCUGAAUAUAUAUAUUUUGACCCAAUCCAACCGUGGCCUAAGUUUCCUUGG